CUGUGUCGUUUAAAACAUUUAAAAUCUAAAUUACCUUUUGCAUUUUGUUGCCUAACAAAAGACACUGAUAUUAGUAUUUUAAAUUAAGAAAUUGUGUUGAUUGCUGCUUUUGUUAUACACAUUUUGCCUAGGCAUAAGCCAUGGAUAACAUGAUCUUGUCUUAAUCUUCUUAUAAAACCUUAACCCAGACGUAAAUGCAGGGCGCUCAGACGUGUUAGCAGUCAGUGAGGUUGAUAGUGGCUGUACAGUUGAACAAUAAACAACAGUAAAGAGAAGCUUUAUACUUUAGGCCGGAAAAUACAAUGAAAGUAGAACUUUAAGAUGAUCACAACGAAUGACAUGUAUCUAUCUAUCUCUGCCAUUCAACUUUGGGAGGAACUGAACUCAAAUUGUCUAGUCAAAUAUGGCACAGCAACUGCCGUCACAGCUAUUAGUUUGGUUCUGCUACGAAAGUGGAUUGCAGGUGGAGUAUGUCGAUGUCGUGUGCGACUGGAUGGGAAGACGGUUGUCAUUACUGGUGCCAACACCGGCAUAGGAAAAGAGACAGCACAUGACUUGGCCAUGAGAGGGGCUCGAAUUGUGAUGGCUUGUCGAGAUCUUUCAAGAGCAGAAAAGGCGGCAGCAGAGAUCCGCAGAUCUACAGGAAACGGCCACAUAGUCGUUCGGCACUUAGACCUGGCAUCUCUGUUCUCUGUACGGCAGUUUGCUCAUGAGUAUGUUGCCACUGAAAACCGACUGGAUAUACUUAUUAACAAUGCUGGCGUGAUGAUGUGCCCUAAAGGCCUUACAGAGGACGGCUAUGAAACCCAGUUUGCUGUCAAUCAUUUGGGCCAUUUUCUUGUGACUGUUAUGCUUCUGGAUGUGCUAAGGAAAUCUACUCCUAGUCGAGUUAUUAAUGUGUCCAGUAUUGCUCACAAAGGAGGGAAGAUCCACUUUGAUGACCUUAACUUCAACAAAGCACCAUAUGAUUCCUUGAUUAGUUACCGGCAGAGCAAACUUGCAAACCUGCUGUUUACUCAAGAGUUAGGGCGAAGGCUUAAAGUGUCUGGUGUGACCGUGUAUGCCCUUCAUCCUGGAGUAAUCCGCACUGAACUGGGGCGUUAUGUGCAGACGCGACACCCUCUCAUCGGUGCCCUGUUAUCUAUUCCUGCCAUUCUACUGAUGAAAACCCCAAAGCAAGGUGCUCAGACCACCAUCUACUGUGCUGUUGCUGAGUGGUUGGAGCCUCACAGUGGCUGCUACUUCAGUGAUUGUAAGCUGAAAGAACCAGCUCCUGAGGGAAAAGAUGAUCUCGCUGCACUGAGAUUGUGGGAAGUGAGUGCAAAGCUUGUGGGCUACAGUGAAGACUGACACCUUCAACAUCUCAUCACGUUUUUAUUUUAAUAGCCUACCAUAUGCCUAAAGAUCAAUGCUACGCAUUCACUCUUUGCCACGUUAUAAUUUUUUUAAUAAACCUUUCUUAAUAAAACGAUUAAAGGUUAGAUGAUAGCCAAACUGAAGAUUUCAGGAUUUGUUUUUGUGUGUGUGUGGGAUGAAAUAAAGUGUGACAAUGCAAAUCAUUUCUAUCUGCCAUUUAUCAAUAUUUAAAAAAAUAGUUCCCAUUUUGUGACCAAAUACUUUGAAUUCACCCAUCUGAAAUUGUUGAUAAUAAACAUGAUGCUUUA